AUGACUGUUGAGGCAAAUGAAGCUGUGACUCAAGUUUCUCAAGUUCAAGAACAAGCUGCAGUUGAGGCUAGUGAAGCUGGAAUUCAAACAUCUCAAGAUCAAGACCAAGUUGGAGUUGAGGCCAAUGAAGCUGUAACUGAAGCAUCUCAGGCUCAAGAACAAGCUGAAGUUGAGGCUAAUGAAGCUGUAACUGAAGCAUCUCAGGCUCAAGAACAAGCUGAAGUUGAAGCCAAUGAAGCUGUAACUGAAGCAUCUCAGGCUCAAGAACAAGCUGAAGUUGAAGCCAAUGAAGCUGUAACUGAAGCUUCUCAGGCUCAAGAACAAGCUGAAGUUGAAGCCAAUGAAGCUGUAACUGAAGCUUCUCAGGCUCAAGAACAAGCUGAAGUUGAGGCCAAUGAAGCUGUAACUGAGGCAUCUCAGGCUCAAGAACAAGCUGAAGUUGAAGCCAAUGAAGCUGUAACUGAAGCAUCUCAGGCUCAAGAACAAGCUGAAGUUGAGGCCAAUGAAGCUGUAACUGAAGCAUCUCAGGCUCAAGAACAAGCUGAAGUUGAGGCCAAUGAAGCUGUAACUGAAGCUUCUCAGGCUCAAGAACAAGCUGAAGUUGAAGCCAAUGAAGCUGUAACUGAAGCAUCUCAGGCUCAAGAACAAGCUGAAGCCAAUGAAGCUGUAACUGAAGCUUCUCAGGCUCAAGAACAAGCUGAAGUUGAAGCCAAUGAAGCUGUAACUGAAGCAUCUCAGGCUCAAGAACAAGCUGAAGUUGAGGCCAAUGAAGCUGUAACUGAAGCUUCUCAGGCUCAAGAACAAGCUGAAGUUGAAGCCAAUGAAGCUGUAACUGAAGCUUCUCAGGCUCAAGAACAAGCUGAAGUUGAGGCUAAUGAAGCUGUAACUGAAGCUUCUCAGGCUCAAGAACAAGCUGAAGUUGAAGCCAAUGAAGCUGUAACUGAAGCUUCUCUCAGACAAGCUGAAGUUGAAGCCAAUGAAGCUGUAACUGAAGCAUCUCAGGCUCAAGAACAAGCUGAAGUUGAAGCCAAUGAAGCUGUAACUGAAGCUUCUCAGGCUCAAGAACAAGCUGAAAUUGAAGCCAAUGAAGCUGUAACUGAAGCUUCUCAGGCUCAAGAACAAGCUGAAGUUGAAGCCAAUGAAGCUGUAACUGAAGCUUCUCAGGCUCAAGAACAAGCUGAAGUUGAAGCCAAUGAAGCUGUAACUGAAGCUUCACAGGCUCAAGAACAAGCUGAAGUUGAAGCCAAUGAAGCUGUAACUGAAGCUUCUCAGGCUCAAGAACAAGCUGAAGUUGAAGCCAAUGAAGCUGUAACUGAAGCUUCUCAGGCUCAAGAACAAGCAGAAGUUGAAGCCAAUGAAGCUGUAACUGAAGCUUCUCAGGCUCAAGAACAAGCUGAAGUUGAAGCCAAUGAAGCUGUAACUGAAGCAUCUCAGGCUCAAGAACAAGCUGAAGUUGAGGCCAAUGAAGCUGUAACUGAAGCUUCUCAGGCUCAAGAACAAGCUGAAGCUUCUCAAGAUGAAAUUACUUCGGACUUAUCCCGCAGUGAUCUGGUGCCCGAAAAUCCUGCAGAUGCUUCAUCAGUUGUGGAAGUGAUUACAGAAGCAUCUCAAGCUGAAGAGCCAGAAGAAAUUAUAGAAGCCAAUGAAAGUGAACAGACAACUGAGCAAAUUCCAGAAAGUAUAGUUUCUGCCCAAGCAGAAAAGAAACUGGAAGCAAAACCUGAAGAAGUUGUUACUGAAGCCUCUGAGAGUGAACAAGUAACCGAAAUGCUUCCAGAGAGUGAGGCUGUGCCUGAAGCUUCUGUUGCUGAACAAGAAACAACUCCAGAUGUUAUUCCAGAAGGGUCUCAGGUGCAAGAAGGAACUGUGAGUGAAACCUCUGUCCCAGAAGCAGCAGAGGAAGCACCAGUUGCUCCAGAAAGUGAGGUAGCUCCUGAAGUGUCCACUGCAGUAAAGAACAAAGAAACUACUCCUGAAGAAAGUACUGCAGAAGCUUCUCAAGCUGAAGAGGGAACUAAAUCUGAAGAGCCAACAGCAGAGGCAAUAGAAGCCGAAAUUGUGACUGAAUCAUUCUCAAUGUUUGAUGAUGCUGGAUCAAUUCGUGUAAGUGUUAAUGGCGAUGCUUACCAAAACAUCAAUGAUUUGUCUAAGCCACAAACUCAAGAAAAUGGAACAGAAGAGGAAAUUAUUUCUGAACCUGUUGUUGAUGCUAGUAACACCGAUGAUGAUGAAUAUUGGAAGAUGAUGGCCAGGAACUCUUCAUUGCCACAGACUGAGGGAACUUCACCUGCAUCAGACUCAACAGAGGCUACUGCCACAGAAGCCAUUGACAAGCAAAUUGAGAAGGUUGCCGAAAAGUAUGGACUAAAACCAACCAAGACAACAACCCAAGCACAGAGCAACAAGUCACAAACACAGAUCAACGAGCUUAGGAGGAAGAGGGGCUUCGUUGACGCAGUUGCCGACUACGUUGCAAGCCUCUUUUAAUUUAUCAGCUCAGCCAAUAUAUACUGCUAUGUAUGACGGGCAGUAAACCUUUUAGUUUUAAAGUUAUUUAUAUAAUGUAAUAAUACUGGACAGGUGUGCUUAUCGAAACACUUUAGAAAUAAUACUAUAUGUAAGUAUAUGACGAAAAUUCGAAAGGAAAAAAUAUGAUGUAUGGAACAAGGAAAUUCAAAUCUUACAAAGAAUAACAUAGAUUCCUGGCUAAUGUAAAGGAUUUAUAUGUAAUUCACAUAUAAGAUUUAGGGCAUUUAAAUGUUUAAAAUGUUUCAGAAACAAUAAAUCUAUCUCUGCAAGUAUACUACACAACCUAAACUGCUUAUUGUUGAUAAGCUUUUACAACAUGGAUAUGCCUUAAUCAAGUAGGUAAUACAGUCUGUCAAAAGAUUAUGCACUACUAGAUUAUUCGUAUGGUGGAAAUGUGCUCUUUGCUUAUGGUUCCAUGACUUUUCACCUUUCAGGAAGAUUUAAGUAUUUCAGAUCAAGCUUUUCUCCUUGUUCUAUGUAGGUUGUUAAGUCCUAUUGUAUCUCUUUAUAUUUAUUAUUCAACUAGUACGUAUGCCUAUUGCAUUACAUUUACCUAAGCAAUUCUACUGUAUAGGAUAGGAACAACAAAAUAGUUGGGAAAUAUAGUUCACACAGAUUGCAUUUUUACAUCAAGUUUGAGCACUUUUUGGUUUACGAAAAGUAACCCUGCACUAGUUACAGAAAUUUACAGUCUUAAUGUUAAAUCUGUAUACUCAUUGAAACUAGGGCAAAUUAAGAUAAUUGCAAAAAAAAAAAAGAAUACUCCAAAAUAUGUAAGUUUCUGUAAUAUACCCUUAAUUGGGUGCAAGCGUAGGAAUGAGAGAAUGUAUGCGUGCCAAGCAUUGGAAAUAAAUUAUUUAUUAAA